UACUACUGUCAAAGUCAAAACGAUGUUUAGGAAAAUAUUAAAAGUAAUUAUUAAUUUCCAUUAAUUAGGGAAAUUAAUAUCUAUUUAUAAAAACAUGGAGAAAAAGGAUAUAGCAGCCACAUAUAUUAGACGAAAUUAUGAGAAACUUCAGACGUUUAUUUAAAUCCAGGAACUAUACCUAUUUUUGGAUAAUUUUCACUUUGAUAUUUAUCCUUUACAAUGAAGUACUUUCUUAUUACUUUAAUACUGGCAACUGGUACCAUUUAAAAUGCAAAAAUCCCAAGGAUUGCUCAAAAAUAUUGUUGGUGGCAGAUCCACAAAUAAUUGGUAAUACAAAAGAAGUAAUUCAUUUUCUUACACCUAUUAAUAUAUUUGAUAGUGAUAGAUAUGUGAAAAAGACAUACUUCUAUGCAUUCGAUUUUGUUGAACCUGACAUAGUUAUUUUUUUGGGAGACUUGAUGGAUGAAGCUCACAUAGCCACUGAUCAAGAAUUUUAUGAGUACGUCGGCAGGAUUUUCAAUAUAUUUUUAAAGAAUGAAAAAAGUUCAAAAUAUGUCGGACAUAUAUGGUUGCCUGGUGAUAAUGAUAUUGGUGGUGAAGAUACUUGGGUAACACCGAGUAAAUUAAAGAGAUUUGAAAGAGCUUUUUCUCAACCAGACAUCAUAUCCUUGAACAAUGUUACUUACUUUAAAAUUAAUAGGUUGACCUCAACCAUUCCAGCUUAUAAUAAUGCUAGAGAGUUUUAUGAUACCAGCCAAAUAUUUGUUGGAUUGAGUCACGUGCCUCUGCUAUUUAAACCCUCCAUAUUUGUAGAUAAGGUUAUAAGUAAAAUGUUGCCUCAUGUACUAUUUACCGCCCAUGAACAUAAAUCUAUGAUAAUCACUACGGAUGCUUUACUUAGACGUGAAUUUCAAAUUGUACCAAUUACACAAGACAAUAAUCAAAUAUUUGAAUAUUCAUUAGGUACAACAGAUAUGUAUGAAAUUUUAAUUCCGACUUGUUCGUAUCGCAUGGGUACGACAAAAAUUGGAUUUGGUUAUGCAGUGAUAGAAAAAAAUGAAUUGCGUUUUACCGUACUGUGGUCUCCUUCACGUUUUCAUCAACUUGCAAGUUACUUAAUUCUGUUAUGUAUUUUUGUUUUAUCUCAUAUAUUUAUCAAAUGUUGUUACUGUAUCUAAGUGCCUUCUAUAUAUAAAUUUUAUUAUUUAAUUUAGUAAAACAUGUAUAAUAGGGAUUUAAUAUAUAUCAGCCAUUUUUAUACAUUUGUCUAAGCACAGCUAUUAAUAAAUAAUUGCUAGAAC